ACAAUUUAAAAAAUGGCUGAUAAAGUAGCUGUCGUGACAGGCUCUAAUAAAGGCAUAGGAUUUGCUACAGUUCGAGAAUUGUGCAAACGAGGCGUGGGACAUGUUUACCUAACGUCAAGAGAUGUGAAAAGAGGACACGAAGCAGUUGACAGAUUGGUUAAAGAAGGUUUGAAGCCUCUAUUCCACCAACUUGACGUUACCGACAAGGAAAGUAUAAAAUCAUUCGCAGAACACCUAAAACAAAAGCAUGGAGGCUUGGAUAUUCUCAUCAACAAUGCAGCACUCAUCACGUCAAAUUUUACAGAAACCACUUACGAAGAUUCAGUACGCGUACUCAAUGCUAACUACUUUAGCAUACUAACUAUUCAAGAGUAUGUUUAUCCAAUUCUGAAAGACAACGCUCGAGUUAUAAACAUAUCAAGUGACUGUGGUCAUAUUUCCAAUCUUAAAAACUCGUAUUGGAUUAAAAGACUUACAAAAGAAGAUCUUAAGCUCGAAGAUAUAAACGCAUUCGUGGAUUGGUUUUUGGAUUCUGUUAAGAAUGGAACUGUGAAUGAAGAAGAUUUUCAAGAAAUGCCUCUGUUAGCGUAUAGAAUUUCUAAAAUGGCAGUCUGUGCUUUAACAAGAGUUCAACAGAAGGAGGCGAGACGUGGGAUAUCUAUUAAUUCAUUACAUCCAGGAUUUGUCAUGACUGAUAUGACAAGGACCGCUGGUUUCUUAUCCAUAGAAGAAGCAAGUGAAGCUCCUGUUUAUUUGGCUCUAGACAUUGAUCAAUCAGUAAAAGGAAAAUACUUUUGGUUUGAUAAAACUGAAAAGGACUGGUCCGAUCCGAAUCAAAAGCUACGUAGCACCUAUGCGGUAUUUGCGAAGACUUUAAAAGAAUUCAAUAAAAUUUAA